CUUAUACAUGUUGAAAUGUCAUUGAGUCAGUGGGGUCCUUACGACGGUUCUUAAUAAUUUGGGGUGACAGUGACUUAAAUGUGAACUGCUCUUUGCUUUUCAAACGCUUGCACUUAACAGUGUCUUAAUUGAGCUUUAAACUUUUAUUUUAAAAACUUGAAAUACGUACGUACACAAUGUUGUCCAUUGAUAAUGAUUAAUAUAUAUUCAAAUAAUAAGCUAAUUUAUUCUGAAUCUGACUGAAUGUUAACAUAACUAGACAAAUAAACAACAUUUUAAGUCAACAUUACAGUGACUUAAAAUGUUACAAAUGCAGUGGGGUCCUUAUGAGAAUCCUUCAUAAAUUUGAAGACAUUUUCCAUAGAACUGCAGAGAAUAUGAAGAAGGAACUUAAUAUGAUCAACCUGAUUUUUCAGAUGACUUGUGUCAGCAAUUUCGGUUAAGUUCAUAGAAUUGAGGAGGGGUACUACAGGAAGUACUACCUCUUUAGACCACAUAAUGGUUUUCCCCCUUGCAUGUGAUGUCAAAUACACCUCAUUGGACAGAACCCAGAGAUUUGUGUAGUGGAAAAAGUACAGGCCAACACGUGGUCCCACACCGUAUAAGGCGGAUAGAAUCUGUUAGGUGAUCAUAUUCAUGACAACCAACUACUGACAGCGCAUCAAGAUACACUGAUCAGCGACAGACCACCGACUCAAACAUGAGAACUUACUGCAUCUUCAUCUCCUGUCUGGUGCUCUUCGCCGUCUGCUCAAUUACUCGCAGUGAAUGGAGCAAUGGUCCAGAUAAGUGCUGCUUUUCUUUUUCCAAUGUAAGAAUCCCAGUAAUGCAGGUUGAGAGUUACCAUACAACACAUCUCGAAUGCCACAGGAGUGGAAUAGUUUUCAUCACAAAAACUUCAAACGAGAUCUGUGCUGACCCAACAGAGAGAUGGGUUCAGAGACUGAAGAACCUUGUGGAUGCUCAUACCCUGAAGGAGAUGGCAUCAGAGGGCAGCUCCAGGGACAGUGUCUAAUGCGUGAACUACUCUUCUCUUUUCAACUAUUGGACUGAACAAUUUCUAAAAUUAUUUUUAAGCUUUUAUUUAAAUGUAUAUAUAUAUAUAUAUAUAUAUAUAUAUAUAUAUAUAUAUAUAUAUAUAUAUAGAUAGAUAGAUAGAUAGAUAGAUAGAUAGAUAGAUAGAUAGAUAUGUAUGUAUGUUCCUUCACAAUGCUGUUUUUACUGCACAGUUGAUUGUCAUUAUGUAUUCCAAGCAUAUUUAAGCAAAAUAUUUCAAAUUUAAUCUGAACCUGUUUAAAAUGUAACAUUACUACACAGAAAUAAACAAUGUCA